GACCUACAGAAGAUUUUUCAAAGACGAAUAUUCACAGGGUGCUAGGUGCAUUAUUCAGAGAGGACUGGGUGCAAAACCCAAGUAAAGUCUCAGAUUGCUUAACUUGUUCUGUGCUUGCCUGUCUCAUUAUUGUCCCAGUACCAAGAAUUAAUUUCACACCAAUCAUAGCUGCUUUCUCAUCACCUCGUGUCUAAAACUUUAAGCUUGCUUACACUCUUUUCAUUUACUAAAAUACUUCAUUGUUUUUUAACGCAAGUUCCUUUACGUUCCUGGGCCCAGGGCAGAAUGAAGCUAGGUUCUUGACCAAAAUAGCAAAGUAAUGGUUCCCACCUCAGUUACAGACUGAGUCCUUGUUCCUCUCUGAACCUUCCUGAGCUGUGCCUCUUCUGUAAGCAUUUCUUUCAUCAUUUUUUGUCUUUACAAUAUCUACAAAAUGAUCUAUUCAGAUUUGCUUUUUCUAGUAUGCUGAUCUCUCUCUCUCUCUGCCUUAAGAAAAACAAUUCUUCUGCCUCUCACAAAAGAAAAAAGAAAAAAACACGGUCAAAAAGUUUAUUUCUUCUCAUGGUUGAAGGGUUCAAUAAAUCAUGACAGAAACCUUAAAGCAAGAGUGUAAAACAGAUGGCCAAAUCACAACCACAAUCAGGAAUAGAGUGAUGAGCGACUAUGUUCCUCAGCUCCCUUCUUCCUCUGAUAGAAUUCUGCAUACAAAUCAGAGAAUGCUCCCAUACACUGAGCCCGUGACCUUUGAGGAUGUGGCUGUGAACUUUACCUCAGGAGAGUGGACUUUAUUGGAUUCUAGUCAAAGAAAGCUCUACAGAGAUGUGAUGAAGGAAAACUUUCUGAACCUGAUCUCCAUAGAGAAAACACAAGAAGAUGUUGAAGAGGACUACCAGAAUCUCAGGAGAAAUCUGGGAAGUCAGGUGGUUGAGAAAGAUGGUGAAUAUGAACAUGAUAGUCAGUGUGAAAAAACCCAGCAAGAGAUUCCAGAACAUAUUGUUAAUGAGGACAUUCCUCCUGUUAUAACAUUAUAUGAAAAUAGUUUGUGUGUAAGAAACCUCAUUGGUAAUUUACCCUCAGAUGUGCACCUCAGUGAUCAAACUAAAGAGAAACCAUUUGAGGAUAAGGAACCUGUGGAGAAGGCUUUUAAACAUGAGAAAUCUUGGGAAGAUAUGGGUCAUUCUGAGUCAUUUCAAGUACAUGAAAGUUCCAGAGAGAAAUCCUGUGAAAAUCAACAAUGUAAUACAGCUUGUGGGAAUCUCCAUCGUGAUCAGGAUCAGGAGAGAACUUAUACUGGAAAUAAGCACAAUGAGAAUGCCUUUACAAACUACGAAUAUGGCCAGAUAGACGAAAGAAUCCAUACUGAAGUAAAACCAUUUGUGUGUAAGCAAUGUGGAGAAGCCUUUGUUAAUUCCAGUCACCUUAUCAGUCAUGAACGAAUUCAUAUUGUAGAGAAGUGUUACAUUUGCAAACAAUGUGGAAAAACAUUUAGAUAUUUGUCAUGCUUUCAAAAACAUGAAAGAAUUCACAGUGGAGAGAGGCCUUAUGCCUGUGAGCAAUGUGGGAAAGGAUUUAUUCAGUUGAAAUACCUUCUCAUGCACCAAAGAAUGCACACUGGAGAGAAUUAUUAUGAAUGUAAACAUUGUGAAGAAAUCUUCACUAUUUCCAGUGCUGAUAAUGUUCAUGAAAAAAUUCACUGUGGAGAGAAACCGUAUUCAUGUAAGCAUUGCGGAAAAGUGUUCACUAGUCCCAAUGACUAUAAUAGCUGUGAAAGGAUUCACACUGGAGAGAAUCCCUUUGUAUGUAAAAAAUGUGGGAAAGCAUUCAAACGUUUGGGUCAUUUUAUGAACCAUGAAAGAAUUCAUACUGGAGAGAAGCCUUAUGCAUGUAAACAUUGUGGAAAAGCCUUCACCAGUUCCAGUGACCGUAACAGUCAUGAAAGAAUACACACUGGAGAGAAACCCUUUGUAUGUAAAACAUGUGGGAAAGCAUUCAGUCGUUCUGAUUAUCUUAUCAACCAUAGAAGGAUACACACUGGAGAGAAGCCUUAUGCAUGUAAGUAUUGUGGAAAAGCCUUUGCUACUUCCAGCGACAGAAACAGCCAUGAAAGAAUUCAUACUGGUGAGAGAUCCUUUCUAUGUAAAAAGUGUGGAAAAGUAUUCAUUCUUUCUGGUGAUCUAAUCAAGCAUGAAAGAAUUCACACUGGAGAGAAGCCUUAUGCAUGCAAACAUUGUGGAAAAGCUUUCACCACUUCAAGUGCCCGUAACAGUCAUGAGAGAAUUCACACUGGAGAGAAGCCUUAUACAUGUAAGCACUGCACAAAAACUUUCACCACUUCCAGUACCCGUAACAGUCAUGAAAAAACUCACACUGCAGAGAAGCAUUUUGCAUGUAACCUUUGUGAGAAAACCUUUAAUAGUCAGAGUUCCUAUUAUACUCAUAAAAAAAUUCAUUCUAUGAAAGAGAAACUUUAUGUAUGUAAACACUGUGGGAAAGAAUUCACUUAUUGUGGUAAUUUCCUCAAGCAUGAAAGAAUUCACAGUAUAGAAAACUUGUCCAUGUGAGCAAUCUGUGAAAGCAUCUGUGUCCCACAUACCAUCACAAACCCAUAUAAGGUCUCAUAGUGAAGAGCUUGCUCAACUAUAAACAGUGUGGCCCUCUGUGAUCAACUUGCUUUUAUUGUGAGGUAUGAAAAAAGAGUUUGGGUGACCAUGAGAUGGCUCAGUUAGUGAAGGGUCUUUUGGGUAGCCUGAUGAUCUCAGUUUUAACUAUGAAAGUCACGUGGUGGAAAUAGAGACCCAGUUCCCAAAAGUUGUCUUCUGAGUUCCACAUGCACACCAUUGAAUGUAUGUGUGCGCACAUACAAAUGAAGUGAAUAAAUAUAGUGCUAAAGCAAGAAAAAAAGGAAAAUUUUGAAGUGGAAAAGAACACUUAGAUAGCCCCAAUAUACAAGUAUAUUCAGGAUGAAAUCCUGUUCUGAUUCGUGUUUUAAUGCCUGUCUGUCUAUUACAGCUAGGGUAGGAGGCUAGCAAAAUCGAGUAUCCAUUACAGAACAUUUAAAUACCACUGGAGACUUUUAAGGUGAACUUGUUCCAACCAAAUGAAAAUUUUAAUGAAAAAAAAAAUAAAGCCGUGUGAUUUUCAGUUGAAGUAAAGCUUGUAAAACAUUUUCACGUAGUCAAAUCUUAUAAAGAGAAUUUAAGUUUGUGUAGAAUAUUUUAGAAAUAAUCUGAAAGAAGUACAAUAAAAAUUUUAGCAUUUUGAUCUUUGAUCCAUUCUUGUACAAGACUUUUAUUACUGCCUUUUUGUUUUUAAUCUUGGAGGUAAGAUUUGCUUAAUAAUAUUGGCAUAAUUUUCUGGUCUGCCAUUCCUGUCACUGGAAAGACAGACUCCUAAGAAAUGGUGUUUAACAAUGGCUAGCAUUUAAAGAAAUUAUUUGGAACCUGGAGAAAUGGCUCAGUGAUUAGCAUUUGUUACUUGUCCAAGGAGCCUUAGUUUGGUUUCCAGCAUGUUUAUUGGGUGGCUUUCAACUAACUUUAGCUUCAGUUCCAGAAGUUCUGAACACCUUCUGGUCCUCUCCAGCUACCUGUACAAUCAUGUGCAUAAACAAAUAAAAAAUCUGAAAAGAAAAAGAAAAGAAAUUGUUGCUUCAGAGAGAUAGCUCAGUAGCUAAGAGCACUGACUUCUCUUUCAGGUUUUUCAGUGUCUGUGAUUAAAGUAUAAAAGUUAUUGUUCUAUUGUAAUAUUUUCUGUGUCUCUUACAUAGCAAAUUAAAAAACUGUUAGUUCAUUGGUAAUUACGUUUACAUAAAAAAUCAUUUUCUUAAAUGACUUUUUUUUUCGAGACAGAGUUUCUCUAUAUAGUCCUAGUUGUCCUGGAACUCACUCUAUAGACAAGGUUGGCCUUGAAUACACAGAGGACCACCUGCCUCUGCCUCCCAAGUGCUGGGAUUAAAGGUGUGUGCCAUCACUGCCCAGCCCUAAUGACAUUUAUAUAGAUUAUUUUUAAAUUUAUUAUAUCAUUUGUGAGUAUAUCAGUGUUUUUGUAUGAAUAUAUGCACAUGCAUCUAAGUGUCUGCGAUCUGGAGAGGGUGUAGGACCUCCUGGAACUAAAGUAAGAUUCAGUUUUGGUGCCCUAAGGUGAGUGCUAGGAACCAAACUCUAGUCCUCUGUGAAAACAGCAAGUACCCUUAAUCUUUGUGCUAUGUACCCAGCCUCUAUAUUUACAUAGAUUCUGUGUGUUUUAUUAAAGUUUCUUGUGUACUUCAAUGAUUAUAUUUUUAAAGGCAGUUUCAACUGAUCGUUUUCCUUUUUUUGAUAGUUUCAUAUAUUUCUAUAAUAAAUUUUAGUCUUUUAAAUUCCCCGUC